AUGAAGCUGUUGAUGAGGCAGCCGUACCAGGCAGAGGACCGAAGAACCAGCAGGAAAGUUCACACAAAAAACACUCACGAUGGUCGAAAUGAUGACACUGUCCCAGCGAUGAUCAAUGGGGGAACGAGGAGAAAUCACACGCUGCAGCAGUGGGGGCGGAGGACUCAGAGCAGCCCCGAGAACAGGCAGACGAAGACCAGGAAGGGGCAAGGGACGGCAGAAUCCACCUCGGAUCAGAACUACACCAUCCGAAAACCAGCAAGAAACGGUGGGGGCUCUGCCAUGGAUCAGUGUGAGGACAGAGAGGAGGGAGCCCCUCCCUCUAAAACCUCUCUGUGUGGGGAACGUGAGAAAAAGACCAGAGCUCAGAGGAGGAGCCAUCAACACAAACCAGGUUCUCCUGUAUCCAGCUGUGUGUCCCUGCAGAGUGACCGGUCCAAGGGUCGACCUGUUGACUUCAAACAUGGACAGAAGUCUGAUCAGAGGGUUCAGCAGCAGAGCUCAGACGCUCUCAAUGGUCAAUCUGCCCAACCGCAUCAAAGAGAUCUGGACUCCAUAUUUAUGCUGCUGGAGGAGAACAUUGUAAGUUUCGUAAAGAAAGAGUUGAAGAAGUUCAAGACAGUUCUCAGUCCAGAUUACCCAGACUCCUCCAAGAUUCAGAGCGAAGAUAAGGACUUAAUAGAUGGUGAUGAUGAAGAGCAGAGGAGGAGCAGCAGAGAGGCAUUUCUGAAGGUCACGGUGAACUUCUUGAGGAGAAUGAAGCAGGAGGAGCUGGCUGACUGUCUGCAGAGCAGAACUGAUGCAAAAGGUCAAUCUUGCCAACAUAAACUGAAGUCUAACCUGAAGAAGAAGUUCCAGUGUGUGUUUGAGGGGAUCGCUAAAGCAGGAAACUCAACCCUUCUGAACCAGAUCUACACAGAGCUCUACAUCACAGAGGGAGGGACUGGAGAGGUCAAUGAUCAACAUGAGGUCAGACAGAUUGAAACAGCAUCCAGGAAACCAGUCAGACCAGAAACAACCAUCAGACAAGAAGACAUCUUUAAAGCCUCACCUGGAAGAGACGGACCAAUCAGAAGAGUGAUGACAAAGGGAGUGGCUGGCAUUGGGAAAACAGUCUUAACACAGAAGUUCACUCUGGACUGGGCUGAAGACAAAGACAACCAGGACAUACAGUUCACAUUUCCAUUCACCUUCAGAGAGCUGAAUGUGCUGAAAGAGAGAAAGUUCAGCUUGGUGGAACUUGUUCAUCACUUCUUUACUGAAACCAAAGAAGCAGGAAUCUGCAGGUUUGAUCAGUUCCAGGUCGUGUUCAUCUUUGACGGUCUGGAUGAGUGUCGACUUCCUCUGGACUUCCACAACACUGAGAUCCUGACUGAUGUUACAGAGUCCACCUCAGUGGACGUGCUGCUGACAAACCUCAUCAGGGGGAAACUGCUUCCCUCUGCUCGCCUCUGGAUAACCACACGACCUGCAGCAGCCAAUCAGAUCCCUCCUCAGUGUGUUGACGUGGUGACAGAGGUCAGAGGGUUCACUGACCCACAGAAGGAGGAGUACUUCAGGAAGAGGUUCAGAGAUGAGGAGCAGGCCAGCAGGAUCAUCUCCCACAUCAAGACAUCACGAAGCCUCCACAUCAUGUGCCACAUCCCAGUCUUCUGCUGGAUCACUGCUACAGUUCUGGAGGAGGUGUUGAAAACCAGAGAGGGAGGAGAGCUGCCCAAGACCCUGACUCAGAUGUACAUCCACUUCCUGGUGGUUCAGUCCAAACUGAAGAAGGUCAAGUAUGAUGGAGGAUCUGAGACAGAUCCACACUGGAGUCCAGAGAGCAGGAAGAUGAUUGAGUCUCUGGGAAAACUGGCUUUUGAGCAGCUGCAGAAAGGAAACCUGAUCUUCUAUGAAUCAGACCUGAAAAAGUGUGGCAUUGAUAUCAGAGCAGCCUCAGUGUACUCAGGAGUGUUCACACAGAUCUUUAAAGAGGAGAGCGGCCUGUACCAGGACAAGGUGUUCUGCUUCAUCCAUCUGAGUGUUCAGGAGUUUCUGGCUGCUCUUCAUGUCCAUCUGACCUUCAUCAACUCUGGAGUCAAUCUGAUGUCAGAAGAACAAACAACCUCCCGGUUAUCUAAAGUCUUCAGGGACAAAUCUAAACCCAAACAUUUCUACCAGAGCGCUGUGGACGAGGCCUUACAGAGUCCAAAUGGACACCUGGACUUGUUCCUCCGCUUCCUCCUGGGUCUUUCACUGGAGAACAAUGAGAAACAGUUACGAGGCCUGAUGACACAGACAGGAAGUGGCUCAAAGACCAAUCAGAAAACAGUCCAGUACAUCAAGAAGAAGCUAGAUAAGAAUCUAUCUCCAGAGAAAAGCAUCAACCUGUUCCACUGUCUGAAUGAACUGAAUGAUCGUUCUCUAGUGGAGCAGAUCCAACAGUCCCUGAGAUCAGGAAGUCUCUCCACAGAUAAACUGUCUCCUGCUCAAUGGUCAGCUCUGGUCUUCAUCUUACUGUCCUCAGAAGAAGAUCUGGAUGUGUUUGACCUGAAGAAAUACUCUGCUUCAGAGGAGGCUCUUCUGAAGCUGCUGCCAGUGGUCAAAGUUUCAAAUAAAGCUCUGCUGGGUGGUUGUAAUCUUUCAUCGCGGAUCUGUGAAGCUCUGUCCUCAGUUUUCAGCUCCCAGUCCUCUAGUCUGAGAGACCUGGACCUGAGUAACAACAACCUGCAGGAUUCAGGAGUGAAGCUGCUGUCUGCUGGACUGGAGAAUCCACACUGUACACUUGAAACUCUCAGGCUGGAUAUGUGCUACCUGUCACUGCGAAGCUGUGAAGCUCUGUCCAGGGUUCUCAGCUCCCAGUCCUCUAGUCUAAGAAAGCUGGACCUGAGUAACAACGAUCUGCGGGAUGCAGGAGUGAAAGGGCUGUCUGAUGUACUGAAGAGUCCAUGCUAUAGGCUGCAAACUCUCAGUCUGUCAGGAUGUCUAGUCACAGAGGAAGGCUGUGCUUCUCUGGCUUCAGCUCUGAGCUCCAACCCCUCCCAUCUGAGAGAGCUGGACCUGAGUUACAAUCAUCCAGGAGACUCAGGAGUGAAGCUGCUGUCUGCUGGACUGGAGACUCUCAGAGUGGACCAUGGUGGACAACAGUGGUUAAAACCUGGCCUGAGGAAGUAUUCCUGUGAACUGGAACUGGACACAAACACAGUGAACAGAAAGCUCAAACUGUCUGACAACAACAGGACAGUGACACUGUUGACAGAGAAAGACCAGCCUUAUCCUGAUCAUCCAGACAGAUUUGACCGCUGCUGGCAGCUGCUGUGUAGAACUGGUCUGACUGGUCGCUGUUACUGGGAGGUCGAGUGGAGAGGAACGGUUGAUACGGCAGUGACAUACAGAGGAAUAAGAAGGAGUGGAGAAAGUGCUGCCUGCAGGUUUGGUGGGAAUGAUCAGUCCUGGAGUCUGAGCUGCUCUGCCAGUGGUUACUCUGUCAGGCACAAUAACAAGGAAACAUCAGUCCAUCUCUCCUCCUCUUCCUCCUCCUCUUCCUCCUCCUCCUCCCACAGAGUAGCAGUGUAUGUGGACUGUCCUGCUGGCUCUCUGUCCUUCUACAGAGUCUCCUCUGACUCACUGAUCCACCUCCACACCUUCAACACCACCUUCACCCACCUCCACACCUUCAACACCACCUUCACUGAACCUCUGUAUCCUGGGUUUGGUUUGGGGUUUGGUUUGGGGGUGGAGUCUUUGAUGUUGUCACUAGAGUCCUCAGUGUCUCUGUGUUCACUGUAG